AUGGUGGGGCUAAAAAUGCUUCCAUUGAAGCUGCUCUCGGUGGCCCUGGUCCUCUGCUUCUUUGAAGGGGAAACCAAGUUUGGCGAGACCACUGCCAAGAGGAGAAGGUGCUUGAAUGGCAGCCUCCCCAGACGCCUGAAAAAGCGAGACAGGAGGCUGAUGCUCCUAGAGCCCCCCAACAGUGGGGAGCUGCUGUGCCAGGGAUUCUACCCUCGCCUGUCCUGCUGCUCCAGGGGUGAGAGGCAAGGAUUGCUCCAGAUAGAGAGCAACAAGAUCUUUUCUGUUACCAACAACACAGAAUGUGUGAAGCUGCUGCAGGAGAUCAGAUGUGCUCACUGUUCACCGAAUGCUCAGAAUCUGUUCCACUCAACUGUGAAGGAAGCAUUGGAAAGAGAACUAGCCCUUCCUUUCCUGUGCAAGGAUUAUUGCAAGGAAUUCUAUUACACUUGCAGAGGUCACAUCCCAGGUUUGCUCCAAAUUACUGCUGAUGACUUUUGUUUCUACUAUGCAAGAAAAGAUGAUGGUUUCUGCUUUCCAGAUUUUCCAAGAAAACAAGUUCGAGGACCAUCUUCUAACUAUUUGGAUCAAAUAGAAGAAUAUGGCAAAGGAGAAGAUUUAAGCAGGAAACAUAAACACAAUUGCUUUUGCCUCCAUGAAGUUGUAAGUGGUUUCAGGCAACCUGUUGGAGCAGUACAUUCUGGGGAUGGAUCACACCGUCUUUUCAUACUUGAGAAGGAAGGAUAUGUGAAAAUAUUAACACCUGAAGGAGAUAUAGUCAAAGAACCAUUUCUGGACAUACACAAAAUUGUUCAAAGUGGAAUAAAGGGUGGAGAUGAAAGAGGGCUCCUAAGUCUUGCAUUCCAUCCCGAUUACAAAAAAAAUGGGAAGUUGUAUCUGUCCUAUACCACCAACCAAGAACGAUGGGCUAUUGGGCCUCAUGACCAUAUUCUUCGGAUAGUAGAAUACACUGUGUUCAGGAAGAAUCCACACCAAGUUGAUAUGAGGACUGCAAGACCUUUCCUAGAAGUUGCAGAACUACAUAGAAAACAUCUUGGAGGACAGCUGUUUUUCGGUGCUGAUGGGUUUUUAUAUGUAAUCCUUGGUGAUGGAAUGAUCACAAUAGAUGAUAUGGAGGAGAUGGAUGGUCUGAGUGAUUUUACAGGUUCGGUACUGCGGUUGGAUGUAGACACUGAUUUCUGCCAUGUGCCUUAUUCCGUACCACAGUCUAACCCACAUUUUAACAGCACUAAUCAGCCUCCUGAAAUUUUUGCCCAUGGACUCCAUAAUCCAGGCAGGUGUGCAGUGGAUCGCCAUCCAACAGAUGUAAAUAUUAAUUUAACAAUACUUUGUUCAGACUCGAAUGAGAAGAACAGAUCAUCAGCAAGGAUUCUUCAGAUAAUAAAAGGAAAAGAUUAUGAAAGCGAACCUUCACUUUUAGAAUUUAAGCCAUUCAGUUCUGGACCACUGGUUGGUGGAUUUAUAUACAGAGGUUGCCAAUCUGAAAGACUUUAUGGAAGUUACAUAUUUGCAGACCGCAAUGGGAAUUUUUUAACACUACAACAGAGUCCUAUUACAAGACAGUGGCAAGAAAAACCAUUAUGUAUGGGCAACAGUGGUUUAUGUCAGGGUUUCUUUGCUGGACACAUUUUAGGAUUUGGUGAAGAUGAAUUGGGUGAGAUUUACAUCUUAGCAAGCAGUAAAAGCAUGACACAAUCACAUAAUGGAAAACUCUUUAAAAUCAUUGAUCCCAAAAGGCCUUUAAUUCCAGAAGAAUGUAAAAGAACAGCAUUUCCUGCCCAGAUAUUGACAUCUGAAUGCUCAAGGCAUUGCCAAAAUGGGCAUUGUACUCCCACUGGAAAAUGUUGUUGUAAUCAAGGCUGGGAAGGUGAAUUCUGCCGAACUGCAAAGUGUGAUCCAGUCUGUCGACAUGGUGGUGUCUGCAUACGACCAAAUAAAUGCUUGUGUAAAAAAGGAUACCUUGGUUCUCAAUGUGAACAAAUGGAUAGAAACAUCCGAAGAGUGACAAGGGCAGGUAUUUUUGAUCAGAUCAUAGACAUGACAUCUUAUUUGCUGGAUUUAACCAGCUACAUUGUAUAGUUUCUGGGACUAUUUAGAGACACUACAUUUUCAAUGGGCAUAUAUUUUUGAAUCUUCUCUUUCCUUUUAUUUGU